AUACGAAGUCUUACCAUCUCUCUAACUUUUUCUCUAACUUCUCUCUAGUUUUUCUCCCUCAAAUCUAUAAACUCAUCUUCUAAAUCUCUUUUCCUUUGAUUUUUCUUAUAAUAAAGUACUUGUUACCUCCAAGUUUAUAAUAUAGUUCACAACAAUAUGAAUUUUAUCAUAAAUACGAUCACAGCUCUAUAUAAUACUCUAGUUUUAAUAAAUUGGCUUUGAACUCUUUUUUAUUUUAUUUUUAUUUUCCUUUUAUUUGUUUCUAUAGUGGUAAUGUAGCAUAUUUAACUGAUGUGUGCUUCUAGUACGCAACAAUUGUCAUUCAUGCAUGAAAUCGAAUUCAAUUGUAUGCGGUCGGUUCUUUUUCCCAUAAUCACUUUUAGACCACCGAUUCAUCUUGACCAACCACGAAGAUCCAACGGUUAGAGAUGGGAUUAUAAUAUGAGUGUUAAUUUGUUGAAUUCAAAAAAGUGGGUGUAAAAAUAUAAAUUUCUGUAACGUUUUUGAUAGACCGUAAAGUAAACACUAUUUAUAUAUUUCCAUAAACAGCAAAGAAGUUUCCAAAAGGAGACGAAGAUAGUAACGGCGUUGGGAAGCUAUGACGGCGAUUCCAAACGUCGGUGAUAUUGAAUCUUCGGCUUCGCUUGGUCAAGAGACGGCAACGGAGACCGUCACCGUUAAAGGUGGCCAGACCGGAAGCGGAGGAGGCUCGUCUGCCGACGUCGUUUCACCAACCAAAGAAGAGGCUGAGGCCGUUAACUUAACCGACUCGUCGUUGUCAGUUAGUUUUCCAAAAUUGCACGAGAUAGGUCUAAUAACGCCGUUUCUGAGAAAGACGUUUGAGAUCGUCGAUGACAAAGUAACAGACCCGGUUGUAUCAUGGAACCCGACCCGUAAAAGCUUCAUCAUCUGGGAUUCUUACGAGUUCUCUGAGAAUCUCCUUCCCAGAUACUUCAAGCACAAGAACUUCUCAAGUUUCGUCCGCCAGCUCAACACCUACGGGUUUAAGAAGGUAGAUUCAGAUAGGUGGGAGUUUGCUAACGAAGGGUUUCAAGGAGGUAAGAAACAUUUGCUUAAGAACAUCAAAAGGAGGAGAAGCAAAAGUAAUUGUAACAAGGAAGCGAGCACCACGGGGUUGAAGAAGACAGAGACAGAGGCUGAGUCACUGAAGGAGGAUCAGAACUGUCCAAUAAGAUUGGAGGUGUUGAAGUUGAAACAACAACAGGAAGAGUCUCAAGAUCAAAUGGUCACUGUGCAAGAGAAGAUACACGGAGUCGAAACAGAACAAAGACAUAUGCUAAGCUUCUUUGCAAAGUUGGCCAAAGAUCAAAGAUUUGUUGAGAGGCUGGUGAGGAAGAGGAAAAUGAAACAACAGAGAGAGCUCGAAGCAACUGAAUUCGUGAAGAAGUUGAAGUUGCUUCACGAUCAAGAAACUCAAAAUAACUUGGUGGAUGUGGAAAGUCAGCUGAUAAUUAGAGAAAUUAUGGCCAUGGCUGCAAAAACACAACCAGAUCAUGAGUCUGACAUUUCCAUGAACAAUAAUCAAAGUGGGAGUACGAGAUGUCAGCUUAACACAGAGGACCUACUUGUUGACGUUGGUUCAAUGGGUGGAAAGAAGAUUGAUGUAGAUGUAAAUGGGAGAAUCGAGUAAAACAAAAAAUAUAAAAGGACUUGUACAGAGUUGUCUGGAUUAUACUGUUAGCUCUUGUAAAAAGUGUAGCUCUUUAUUCCGUUAACACUUGAUUGCGUUUUGAAUAAUGGUUGAUUUUAUAGUGUUAAUUCUA